UCGAAUAAUAAAAUGGAGAUUGUUUGGAGGAUUUAUGAAGCCAUUGGUUAUCUUUCAGAGCUUGUAUAUAUUAAACUCGCGCCGGUAUUGAAGUAUUUUUGUUGCACAGUUAACAAACUGAACUUGUUUAUGCUAUAGUGGAAUUAAGUCAGCAAUACAUUUAUGGUGUAAGUGGAAAAACAGAGAAUAUCAGCGUUUUUAAUGUAGAAAGUAUAGCCGUGAUUUUUUAAUUGUCCGAUUUUUAGGAUGGGACAUAUUUUUAAUUCUAAAUUCCAUGCUGUUGCAGUUUCUCUUUGUGUAAAACAACAAAUUGAAAUUAAUAAUUUUAACAUAGCAUUAUUACUUACAUAGGAUACUAGUAUUUACCUUUUUUUCUGAACUUUAUAGAUAUUAACAAAAAUAGUGAUAAAAAUAUUAUUUUGAAGUUUAUAAAGUUAAAACUGUGAAGCAUGACCCGCAACACCCCUUCUUCUACGUGUUGUUUCUGCUGUCAUGUCAAAACUGGCACUUUCAUGCUUGCAGUGCUGACAGGGGUUGCAGGCUUGAUCACUCUGGUUUUCUGUACUCUUGCAUUGAGCGGUUCAAUUGAAGUGCAAUAUGACCUUGGAUCAGCAAAAAUGUUCAAUGAUUUGUAUGAAAAUGAGUCCUAUCGACACUCUGCAGGUUAUUCUUCGUCAACGUCAAGAUCCAGAAAUUAUGUGCGUGUCAAACAACAAGGAAAAAUCUUGCCCAAUUUACAAGCCACCAAAAUAUGAAGACAUUCAAAAAGUUCCACUUUUUGAUGACAUGGAGGAAAUUGACACAAAACCAGCACCACCCCCGUAUGCUGCUUAAGGCAGCCCCAAACCCUUGUACAUAAAUAGCUUAGAUUGCUUAACACCUGCUGUCCAAUCACUUAACAUUGCAUCACCAAGAUUAGUUACGCAGCGUAAACUGUUUUAAAACAAUGAUUUUAAUGUGUUCAUGGUAAUUAAACUUGUUCAUUAUAACUGAAAACAUUAAUUGUAAUAUAGUACUAUACUAUUCUAUUCGGUUUUUACUGUCGUGCUGUGAAGCUUGUUCACGAAAGGUUUAGUAAUUCUAUGUUUAGAUUUGAAUCUGUAAAUGUGCGGUAUAUAAAUUUCACACAAAAGGGAUGUUGCCUGUGCUUUCUCUCUAGAGCGUGAUAUAUUUCAAUAAAACAUAUUAGUUGUGGCGUAA